AUGGCCAUUUCGAUCUGUUCCUUCCUCGUCCCAGAUCACCCUCCGCGAGGGGUCGAAUUACGGGAGAUGGACCCGCUGUCGGUGCUGCGGGAGUACGCGAUCCGGGGAGAGCUGGACCGUGUGGUCCGAUCGGACGACGAGCUCCGGUUCGGCUCCGACUACGCCUUCCCCUGCUCCGCCGUCACCGGGUACCGCUCCAAGCAAGGUGGUUUCUACACCCUCGACGCCCUGCUCUUCUUCGCCCGCCACCACCACCUUAAGCACACCGAGUAUCUCCAAUCCGCCCGCCAACACCGCGUCCCCACCGUCACCUUCCCGGACCGCAAGCCAAUCCUCGACUACCUCCUCGGCCGCACCGCCUCCUCUGACGCCGUCUCCCUCCUCCCCCCUCCCUCCUCCGCCGUCGAGGAGUAUCGCCCGGACGAAUCCUCCCUCCCCGUCGACGAACCGCCAUCCGCCGCCGCCACAGAGACCUUGGCAGAUGUCCCCCCCGCUGCCGCCGCGACCGCCGUCGACUACGUCGCCAUGAUCCGCUCCAUGGAGCGGCCCCUCAAAGAUCGUGAGUCCCUUCUCGAGUGCCGCAACCGCGACUUCCACGCGGUGCUCCUGGCGUCCACCAAGCGCGAGGAGGAGCGGCAGCGCCUCGAGUCCCAGCAGCGAAAGGACGGCCUCGUCGCCAAGACCCGCCUCAUCAGCUCCGACGAUCACCACCGGCCCGUCGUCUCCGCGUACGGAGGCGGUGGCAGCGGAGACGAUGCAGCAGGCGCCGCCGCGCCCAAGCCCAAGAUGCACCUCAAGGGAAGCAAGAUCGGGGAGGGGGUGCCCAUCAUCAUGGUGCCCAGCGCGUUCCAGACCCUGAUCACCAUAUACAACGUCAAGGAGUUCUUGGAGGACGGGGUGUUUGUGCCGAGCGAUGUGAAGGUGAAGGCGGUGCGGGGGCCAAAGCCCGAUUGUGUGACAGUGCAGAAGAAACUCAGCCGGGAUCGCGUGGUGGCCGCCUAUGAGGUGAGGGAUAAGCCAUCCGCGUUCAAGCCCGAGGACUGGGACCGUGUCGUGGCCGUGUUCGUACUUGGGAAGGAGUGGCAGUUCAAGGAUUGGCCCUUCAAAAACCAUAUUGAGAUCUUCAAUAAGAUUAUCGGGUUUUACGUGCGUUUUGAGGAUGAUAGCGUGGAAUCUGCAAAAAUAGUGAAACAGUGGAAUGUAAAGAUUAUAUCAAUUAGCAAACAUAAAAGACAUCAGGACAGGGCGGCUGCUCUGGAGGUGUGGGAUCGGCUCGAAGAGUUCACGCGGUCACGGUCGCAUGCUUGAAGUGCUUAACGAGUUCGAUGUGUGUGUGUGUGUGUUUUUUUUUUUUUUGGUUUGUUACUGGAUUUAAGAUCCUCAUCCUUCUGCUUAAAGACUUAAAUCUCAGUGCCUGAAACAGUGCUGCUGCAGAUGUUGUUAAGCUGCUUAUAUUUGUCCGGUACAACAAUCAAGGAUCGGUUUAUGCAAUUUUACCUUUCAGUUUCUUGUAUUCAUCCUGUUGAACAUGUCUGUUCGUCUGAUAUGAGCUUGUUGAUGUGAAUUGACAUUGAUCACGCAUGGAAGGAAGGAAUGCAAAGAUGAUUGCUACAGUAAACGGGCCGUUUGGGUGGUUGACGCAAAUCGUGGCCCGUGAGAGAGAUCGCACUACGGAGAACUGGCACGCAUCUCCACGCCUCCCACGGCACCCUAUAAGUUGGUCGGUGGCGGUGCCCCCCAGCAACAUCGUUCGACAGCUCUUCUUUUGAACGAGAUCGAGAAUGAAGCCCGCGCUCCUGUACGUCGUGAUCCUCCUCCUCCUCCUCCGCCUGCAGCCGCAGCCCGUCGCCAACGGUUGCUGCGAUGCCUUCUGCGCCGUGCUCUGCCGAGGGACUGAUCUGUCUGCUGCCAUUACCAGCACCACCACCGUUACAACCACCAAUAUAACUACCACUAACAGAACCACUACUACCACCACCAUAACCACCAUCGAGAUGCCUCAGCGGCUCAUUCCUAACGGGAGUAAUGGCACUCCUGUUUAUCCUGCAGCAGCAGGCACUCCGUCCGUCACCAACGUCUUCCCAGUCUCAUUGCCUGCCGAGAGCGGACUCCCCGCUCCCGACCCUGAUACUCGCCCUACUCCGCUUGCCACCGAGAAAUCCUCGCCGCUGCCUCUUCCGUGUUCGUCCAUUCCAACGAGUUCCCUCGCCACCACCAAGGAAUCCUCGCCGUUGCCACCACCGGGUAGGUCCAUUCAAAGGGAGUUCCUGAAGGAUGUGCGGCGUUAUCUGAACGCCACGAGUUGCCGCAAGUUAGAUCAAUCUUUCGUGAUCUUAAUCGUAGACCCCAAAUAUUUUCUCGGCUUUUAAUUCCUCCUUCCCCAAUUGUUAGCUCGCGAACUUUGGCCAACUCUCUCUGGCCCAAUGCAUACGAUUGAUGGGGUAUACGUAUGUCGGACGCUGUUGUCUGAUCUGUUCUUUUGUCGAGUGUGAUCCCAUGGCCUGUGGGUGCAUAAAGUUGCUUCAUAUAAAGCCAUCUCAUGCAUGUAUCUUCCGUUGGUUUUCCCUUUGUAACACGGUUGGUCAUAAUUUGCAGCUUUUGCACUUUGGGCUGUC